AAUGUUAGCCAAAACAUGGUAAAAACGGGGAUGUCCGGGAGAAAGUAAAGAAACGUGAAGUACGUGUUUACACACGUGCUGUGUGUUAUUUUAAAAGUGUGCUAAACUGAAGAGUGACAAUAAUUUGACAUAAAUUACACGUUUCUGAAAAUAACCCAUGAGAGGGGGAACGUGAACAUUGGUUCCGCUGGCGUGUUUCCAGUCGGACACAUAAACAGUGAGCCAGAUGUAGUUGGCUGGGAAGUUUUUUCGGCGUGUUCUAAUUAUGAUGUAAAUAAAGAGAUGAGAAAAGCGGUCAAAUAUUCGUCAUGUUGCCGGAACACAGAGCUCUGCUGCGGAGACACAGACUGGACCUGUCCGCUGAGCUGCUGGUCAGUGACUCCAUAGUUCCGUUUUUGUACCAGGAGGAGAUCCUGACGGGGUCUGAGGUGGAGAACAUCGAGUCUCAGUCCAACAACAGACUCAAGACCCUGAGGCUGCUGGAACUGCUCCCGAGCCGCGGGCCCCGGGCCUUUGACUGCUUUCUGCGGGCACUGGACGACUUCAGCUGGGUCAGAGAUAAACUGCUGCUGGAGCUCCAGACCAAACCAGCUGGACCAUCGAGAUCCGGACCCACAGACGUUCUCCCUCUUCCCGACUCCUUCCUCCAGAAGGUUCCUUCGGAUCGGGAGUUGUCCCGGCUGGCGGCUCGGCUCGGCGCUGCGUGGGAGUUGGUGUUGAUGGACUUGGGUUUGACCGCGGAGGCGUUGUUUCGCUGUCGGUCUGACCACGCCCACAAUGCUCACGGCGCAGCGCUCGCUGGCCUGGUUCAGUGGCGACGACGUGAAGGGAAGGAAGCCACGGUAAAGAGACUGCUAGAUUCCCUGCAUGCCGCUGAUGUCCAUCCGUCUGUCCUUCAAGACGCUCUGACAAGUAUCCAACAGGAUACUACAGGACGCACUGUUGCAGAAGACCAAGUGUCCUACAGGACGUGACAAAAGACCAAGUGUCCUACAGGACGUGACAGAAGACCAAGUGUCCUACAGGAAAUGACAGAAGACCAAGUGUCCUACAGGACAUGACACAAGACCAAGUGUCCUACAGGAAAUGACAGAAGACCAAGUGUCCUACAGGACACAGCAGGACGCUUUGACAUGAAAGAAGAUCAAGUGUCCUACAGGACGCUCUGUCACAGAAGACCAAGUGUCCUGCUUUUGUCUUACUUUUAGCUGUUUUUAGCUAACAUAAGCUCAGCUAUGUUUCGGGUAAGAGACACAGACUGUCACAGUAAAAACUUCAAAGCAUCAGGAGACAUGUUGACAUGACAUUAUGCUGUUCUUAACUGUUUGUCCAAAUAAAUCAUAUCAGAAUA